AUGGACAUUCAGUUUGUUGGGAUCAGUUGCGUGACAAUUGCCAUAAUGGCAUUUGCUGUCAGCCCUGUCCCCCGACCACCGGCUCAGGCCUCCCUAUUCGCGCAGUUCAACUUCGACGGCCUAUUCUUCUCGCGCCUGGACUACGAGGACAGGGAUAGGAGGGUCAGGGAUAAGGAGCUGGAGAUGGUGUGGACGGGUAGCGAUGAUUUGACAGCCGGAAAGUCGGAUAUAUUUACCGGUGCCAUGUAUUUGGGUUAUGGCAAUACGACGGCAUUUUGCUGGGACUUAGUCGGCUGCAAAGCGGACUCACUUCAAAACGACCCGAUCAUCGACGACCCGGACUCCGAGGACUACAACGUGGACCGCGUGGUCGACCAGUUCGUGGCAUACAUGCGCUCAUACGCCGCGAUGUACGCCACGAAUCACGCGAUGUAUCCGUUGGGCGAAGACUUUCAGUACAUGUCUGGCAACUCGUGGUUCAAAAACACCGAUAAACUCAUCCGUUAUGUGAACGCAAAACAGGACAAAAUACGGCUCCUGUACUCCACGCCGGCCUGUUAUCUCAAGUCCCUUCACGAGGCCAACCAUACGUUCCCCACAAAAAGGGACGACUUUUUCCCGUACGCGUCGGACCCGCACGCCUACUGGACGGGCUAUUUCACGAGUCGCCCGGCCCUCAAACGCUACGAACGGGUGGGCAAUAAUUUCCUGCAAAUAUGCAAACAGCUGGACGUGCUGUCCGGUGCUACCGGUGCUAAUGAGCCGCUGGUGACCCCAUUGAGGGAGUGGAUGGGUGUUAUGCAACAUCACGACGCCGUCGCCGGCACUGAGAAGCAACACGUGGCCGACGAUUACGCCCUAAAACUGUACAAAAGUAUCGCGAAGUGUCAGCACGUGGUGGCCGAUGGGCUGAGCAAACUGUCCGCCAAACAGGUGUCGGCGCCCAAAGUGGAGCCCCUGUUCUGUGAGCACCUGAACGUCAGCGCCUGUCCGGUCACCGAGUCGGACGACCCCCUACUGACUGUUACGGUGUAUAACCCGAUGGGUCGCGCCAUCAACCAUACGGUGCGACUGCCAGUCACUAACAAAAUGUUUCACGUCGUCGACCCCGCGGGACAGUCGGUCGACUCGCAUGUCGUUCCCAUACCGGCGCCGGUGCUCUCAAUUCCCGAGAGAGUGAGUAAAGCCAGGGAUGAGCUGGUGUUUGAGGCGGAAGUGCCGGCGCUCGGAUUCGCCACAUAUCUCGUCCAUCAAAAUAGCGUUAACUCCGGGUCUGUGGCGCCGGUUGUCCGCAAAAUAACGGACAGUUUUUCUGCGAAAGCCAACAGUUUUGACGUAAUGUUUGACAAAACGGGAAAAGUGUUGGCGCUUCGGCUCAAGAGUGGACAGACAGUGGGACUGACUCAAGACUUCGCGUACUAUAAGUCAAUGCCGGGUAAUAACACGAGACCGGAGCUCAGGGCGUCCGGCGCCUACGUUUUCCGACCGGACGGCCAGUCUAUAGCCUAUAAUAAUAGCGAGUUUGAGGCCAAAGUCGUGGAAACACCGGCGCUGACGGAAGUCCACCAGAAAAUCAAUUCGUACAUAAGUCAAGUGAUUCGUGUCCACCGGGACAGGGAUUACGUCGAGUUUGACUACGUGUGCGGACCCAUACCGGUGCUGAGCGACGGCGUCGGCAAAGAGAUCAUCGCCCGGUUCGCCACAAAUCUCACCACAAAUGCCGUGUUUUAUACGGACUCUAACGGCCGGCAACUCAUGAGACGGGAGCGCAACCGACGGCCCACUUGGCCCCUGACGGUCACCGAACCCAUCGCCGGCAACUACUACCCCGUGAACACCCGGAUAGCUCUGAAGGACGAGUUACAGGCGCUGCAGAUGACUGUGUUGAACGAUAGAGCACAGGGAGGCUCGAGUAUGACGGACGGCGCCAUUGAGCUCAUGAUCCACAGGCGGACUCUAUUUGACGACAGGUUUGGUGUCAACGAAGCGAUCAAUGAGACGGGAGUUGGCGGACAGGGACUGGUCAUUAGGGGUCAGAUGCGAGUCAUGUUGUCCAGUAUUGAGACAUCGGCUGAACAGCACCGGGAGUUGGCUCAGCGGCUAUACAUGGAGCCAUUGAUAACGUUUGGCAGAUAUAACGGCACUCAAGAGGAAUACCUAAAGGACUAUAAGACUAAAUACUCGGCGCUAACGCAGGAGUUACCCAAAAAUGUCCACUUAUUAACGUUAGAGGAGUGGACGGGUAGUAACGGGACGGUAGUGUUGCUGCGUUUGGAGCACUUCUAUCAGUCCAAUGAGUCGCGAUCCCUGUCCGCGCCGGUAGUCCUAUCGCUGGACAGACUGUUCGCGCCGUUCGUUAUCAGCGAAGCCGCGGAACAGACGUUGGGCGCCAAUGAAGGCGUGGAUGCGUUGAAAAAUCGGUUCAAAUUUAAUGUGAAAACCGAUGAAAAAGAUUUGUUUGUGAAAAAUGUGCUCCAAUUUAGCGAUGAGUUGAAUGCGAUUAAUGUGAAUGAAUUGACGGUCACUUUGAAUCCAAUGGAAAUCAAAACUUUUAUUAUAAAAAUUACGCCAAAAAGCGAUUUAUAA